AUGGCCACACAGAAAUCCGCAUCGCUCGAUGCUCCUCUCGAGAUAAGCAAGCCGAGCACCAUUGAAUCAAUGCCCAUUCUGCCUGACCUGGCUGAGCCGGUGACGAAUUUGCAGAUGGACUACUUAUCCUACAAGAAGUCCUUGCUCACUAAGGCAGUGUUUAAGUCCAAAGCUGUUGUUUCUCUGCUAGUGGCCGCGGUUGCGGGACUUUUCUACCGCAAAUUUGGGCCUUACUUCACUCCAUACAACUUUAAAAACGGAACUAUCGAAGGACUACUCAAUAUCUACCAUUCUCCAUAUUUCAUCCAAGACGCAUUCUAUCUUGUCUCAUCGACGUUUAUGAUUUUCUCCGCCACUCUUGUUGCCGCGUGGCUUCAGACAAACUUCUUGAAGUACGAGGCAGCGGAAGUGCCCAAACACAUGGAGCAGUAUUUUGGGCUGGACCUGGAAGAGUAUGCCAAAACAGCUGUCAAGUCGAAGCUCAGAAAAGUCCCGACAGACGUGAAAAAAAAGGUGGAAUUCAUGGAGAAACACUCGUUUGUGGUACAAUAUCGCGAGACACCAAUUGCAUUUAUAGUGCAGCAGAAGGAGACUGACUCCAGCUACAAAAUCACGGGUUUUGCGGUGAGACGCGUCUAUAUCAGGUCCAAGAUCCUCGCAGACCUUCUCGACUGGGCCAAAAAACAACUUGGUCCCCAAGAAUCGACUUCGGUCGCUGUCUACUCGUUUGAGACGUUCGAUAUCGACAUUCUUAAAGAAAGCGGCUUCAAGCUGCUGAAAAAGGAGCCGUUAGAUUCCUUCGUUCUGGGAACAUUGUUUGGGAUCACUCGCGACACAUAUAUCUACGGGCCAAGCAGCUAA